CCUCCCUCCUUCCCUUCUCUCCUCCCCUCCCUUCCUUGCCACCGCCACCAACCUCCCUCCCUCCUUCUCUGGAGCUCCUGCUUUCUCUCUCUCUCUCUCUCCCUCCUCUCCUGUGCUCUCUCUUUCUCCCUCCUCCCUCCCUCCCUCCGCCUCCCUCCCUCCUCCCGCGCUCCCUCACUUGCCACUGCGAGCUCCGACAGCAGUUCCCAGCCAGUGUUCUGCCUGCCUGCCUCUGUGAGACAUACACCCUACAUGGUACAGCCAGAGUACCGGAUCUAUGAGAUGAACAAGAGGCUGCAGUCUCGCACAGAGGACAGUGACAACCUCUGGUGGGACGCAUUUGCCACGGAAUUUUUUGAAGACGAUGCCACGUUAACCCUCUCCUUUUGUCUGGAAGAUGGACCAAAGCGAUACACUAUUGGCAGGACCCUCAUCCCCCGUUACUUCAGCACUGUAUUCGAAGGAGGGGUGACCGACCUGUAUUACAUCCUCAAACAUUCAAAAGAGUCAUAUCACAACUCAUCCAUCACAGUGGACUGCGACCAGUGUGCCAUGGUCACCCAGCAUGGGAAGCCCAUGUUCACCAAGGUAUGUACAGAAGGCAGACUGAUCUUGGAGUUCACCUUCGAUGAUCUCAUGAGAAUAAAAACGUGGCACUUCACCAUUAGACAAUACAGAGAGUUAGUCCCAAGAAGCAUUCUAGCCAUGCAUGCACAGGAUCCUCAGGUGCUGGAUCAGCUGUCCAAAAACAUCACCAGGAUGGGGCUGACAAAUUUCACCCUCAACUACCUCAGGUUGUGUGUAAUACUGGAGCCAAUGCAGGAGCUGAUGUCAAGACAUAAAACCUACAACCUCAGUCCCCGAGACUGCCUGAAGACCUGCUUGUUUCAGAAGUGGCAGCGGAUGGUAGCCCCUCCAGCAGAACCCACAAGGCAACCUACCACCAAACGGAGAAAAAGGAAAAACUCCACCAGCAGCACCUCCAACAGCAGUGCAGGCAACACCACCAACAGCGCUGGGAGCAAGAAGAAAUCUGCGGCCACCAACCUGAGUCUGUCCAGUCAGGUACCUGAUGUGAUGGUGGUAGGCGAGCCAACUCUGAUGGGAGGUGAGUUUGGGGACGAGGACGAAAGGCUAAUCACUAGAUUAGAAAACACACAGUAUGAUGCGGCCAACGGUAUGGACGACGAGGAAGACUUCAGCAAUUCACCUGCCCUGGGGAACAGCAGUCCGUGGAACAGUAAGCCUCCAGCUGCGCCAGAGACCAAAUCAGAGAACCCCCCGCCCCAGGCUUCCCAGUAAGAACCCUGCUGGCUUCUGUCCUUGUGAACCCACUGCCCUUAGGCCCAGGGGGUGAUAGCCUGGCAGAUCUGACAGGAGAGAAAGGAGAGACAGAAAAAAAAACAAAGAAAACAAAAAACAACUCUUCCCCAUGCACACCUCUCUGCUCCUCCCUGCACUGCAGUGAUCUCAAGUUUUGUUUUUUUGUUGUUUUUUUUUUUCACCUCUUUCUCUGUUUUCUUACUUUGUUGCCCCGUUUUAUCCCAUUGAAAGGAACAUCCCAAAUGAACUCCAUGACCCCUUCCAUGGAGGUCUGUCUGCACAGGGAACUCUGCGCAGAUGCUGGCUCUGCCGGGCCUUUGCUUCUCCUGACUGGGUUUGGACAGCCUGUUUGUGUUGAGUUUCCUACCCCCCCACACCCCUCACCCCCCUCUCCCCUCCCUGGCUCUCCAGGAAGGCCUCAGCAUCCACAGAUCCUCGGUGCUCAGGAUCUCACUCUUAUGCCGAAGCCCAACGACAAACAACUUUUUAAUAUUGUAAAAUAUUUUCUGCUUUUGAAUUUUUCCUCGCAUCUGAGACUUUCUUGUUUCAGUAAAAAAAAAAAAAAAAAAAAAAAAAAAAGAAAAGACAAAAAAAUCAGCCUUUUGGAAAGUGACUAACAUGUACCUACACACACAUAUACAUAUAUAUAUAUUUUUUUCUUCACUUUUGCUCUCAUUGGGUGGCAGUGAAGAGGGCCCAGCUGGCUAGUGUGUAGGUGAGCUCACAGCCAUUGGUUCUAAAACUCCAGCUGGCUCACUUUAGCCCUGGCACUGAAACAAGAAAUGUCUUCUUGCUAUCAAGGACACCAACACAGACUUGUAUGUAAAGAAAGGUCCUUGGCCCUGUGACAAUGUAUGCGUUUGUAAAACUGCUGUUGAUCCAAAUAUUUCCAAGCCAUGUAAUCCGUUGAUUUUUGUGGGCGGUUUAAUCAAUAUGAACCUUUUUUUUAUUAUAUAUAUAUUUUUUUUGGUGCGUGUUUUCUUAUUGUAUCUGAGUUGGUAUUUCUUUCCAUAGCAUAUUUCUUGUAUGAUAUUUUGUAAAAGCCCUCACCUGGGGACUUCUCUUUGGGCUGGGGAGGGGCAAUUCCAGUGUAUUUAUGUGAAACUUUAUAAGAAAACUAAUUUUUCAUUUGCAUAUUAAUGCUUUUCCUCCACACUGUAAAGACACAGUGGCUUCGUGUGCUAUAAAACAGCUGUAUUUUAUGUAUGCUUUACUGAUCAGUGUGCCAAUAAUAAACUUCGAUAAUGACCAAA